CGGCAGCGCGGGGGCGGGGCUUCGCGGGCAGACGCACGCACGUCGAGGCGCUGCUGCCCGGAGCCGCGGAGGCUGCGGGCUUGGCUGCGGCGGCUGCUGUGGCGGCGGCGGGAGGUUGGAGAGAAAUCCAGGUACUCAGUUGACUGGUACCUUCUGCCACCAUGGGGGAGCUUUUCCGGAGUGAGGAGAUGACGCUGGCCCAGCUUUUUCUGCAGUCAGAAGCUGCUUAUUGUUGCGUCAGUGAAUUAGGAGAACUCGGAAAAGUCCAGUUUCGUGAUUUAAAUCCAGAUGUAAAUGUUUUCCAGCGGAAAUUUGUGAAUGAAGUUAGAAGAUGUGAAGAAAUGGAUCGAAAGCUUCGAUUUGUUGAAAAAGAGAUAAGAAAAGCUAACAUUCCAAUUAUGGACACCGGCGAAAACCCAGAGGUGCCCUUCCCCCGGGACAUGAUUGAUUUAGAGGCCAAUUUUGAAAAGAUUGAAAAUGAACUGAAGGAAAUCAACACAAAUCAGGAAGCUCUGAAGAGAAACUUCCUGGAGCUGACUGAAUUAAAAUUUAUACUGCGCAAAACUCAGCAGUUUUUUGACGAGGCUGAAUUGCAUCAUCAGCAGAUGGCGGAUCCAGACCUGUUGGAAGAGUCCUCAUCCCUCUUGGAGCCAAGUGAGAUGGGAAGAGGCACGCCUUUAAGACUUGGCUUCGUGGCUGGUGUGAUUAACCGGGAGCGCAUCCCUACAUUUGAGCGUAUGCUUUGGCGUGUGUGCCGGGGAAAUGUGUUCCUGCGACAGGCUGAAAUCGAGAACCCCCUGGAGGAUCCUGUGACUGGCGACCACGUGCACAAGUCUGUGUUUAUCAUUUUCUUCCAAGGCGAUCAGCUGAAAAACAGAGUCAAGAAGAUCUGCGAAGGGUUCCGGGCCUCACUCUAUCCCUGUCCUGAGACACCACAGGAGAGGAAGGAAAUGGCUUCCGGCGUUAAUACCAGGAUCGAUGACCUCCAAAUGGUUCUGAAUCAAACGGAGGAUCACCGCCAGAGGGUUCUGCAGGCAGCGGCUAAGAACAUCCGUGUCUGGUUCAUCAAGGUGCGGAAGAUGAAGGCCAUCUACCACACCCUGAACCUGUGCAACAUAGAUGUGACCCAGAAGUGUCUGAUUGCAGAGGUCUGGUGCCCCGUCACUGACCUUGACUCUAUCCAGUUUGCACUGAGAAGGGGCACGGAACACAGUGGCUCCACUGUACCCUCCAUUUUGAACAGGAUGCAGACAAACCAGACUCCUCCAACCUAUAACAAAACCAACAAGUUUACCUAUGGCUUUCAGAACAUAGUAGACGCUUAUGGAAUUGGAACUUACCGAGAGAUCAAUCCAGCUCCAUAUACCAUCAUCACUUUCCCUUUUCUGUUUGCUGUGAUGUUUGGGGACUUUGGCCAUGGCAUUUUGAUGACCCUUUUUGCUGUGUGGAUGGUGUUAAGGGAGAGCCGGAUCCUUUCUCAGAAGAAUGAAAAUGAGAUGUUUAGCACUGUGUUCAGUGGUCGAUACAUUAUUCUGUUGAUGGGUGUGUUCUCCAUGUACACUGGCCUCAUCUACAAUGAUUGCUUUUCCAAGUCUCUUAAUAUCUUUGGGUCAUCCUGGAGUGUACGGCCGAUGUUUACUUUUAAUUGGACGGAAGAGACACUUCGGGGGAACCCUGUUCUGCAGCUGAAUCCCGCCCUCCCUGGAGUUUUUGGUGGACCAUACCCUUUCGGCAUUGAUCCAAUUUGGAACAUUGCUACCAAUAAACUGACCUUCCUCAACUCCUUUAAGAUGAAGAUGUCUGUUAUCCUUGGCAUCAUCCAUAUGUUGUUUGGAGUCAGCUUGAGCCUUUUCAACCAUAUCUAUUUCAAGAAGCCCCUGAAUAUAUACUUUGGAUUUAUUCCUGAAGUAAUCUUCAUGACCUCUUUGUUUGGCUACUUGGUUAUCCUUAUUUUUUACAAGUGGACAGCCUAUGAUGCUCAUACAUCUGAGAAUGCACCAAGCCUUCUGAUCCACUUCAUAAAUAUGUUCCUCUUCUCCUACCCAGAGUCUAAUAAAUCAAUGCUAUAUUCUGGACAGAAAGGAAUUCAGUGUUUCCUGGUAGUGGUUGCGCUACUGUGUGUACCUUGGAUGCUGCUGUUUAAACCACUGGUCCUUCGCCAUCAGUACUUGAGAAGGAAGCAUUUGGGAACUCUCAACUUUGGUGGGAUCAGGGUGGGCAACGGACCGACAGAGGAGGAUGCUGAGAUUAUUCAGCAUGACCAGCUCUCCACCCACUCAGAGGACGCGGAAGAGCCUUCGGAGGACGCGGUGUUUGACUUUGGGGACACCAUGGUCCACCAGGCCAUCCACACCAUCGAGUACUGCCUGGGCUGCAUCUCCAACACCGCCUCCUACCUUCGGCUCUGGGCCCUCAGCCUUGCUCAUGCACAGCUGUCUGAGGUGCUUUGGACCAUGGUGAUCCACAUUGGCCUGAGCGUGAAGAGCUUGGCGGGAGGUCUGGCACUUUUCUUCAUCUUCACCGCCUUUGCCACCCUGACCGUGGCCAUCCUCCUGAUCAUGGAGGGCCUCUCAGCCUUCCUCCACGCGCUGCGGUUACACUGGGUUGAGUUCCAGAAUAAAUUCUACAGUGGGACCGGUUUCAAGUUCCUGCCCUUCUCCUUCGAGAACAUUCGGGAAGGGAAGUUUGAGGAGUGAACCCCUGCUAGGACUGUGCGCUCUGGCUGCCCUCCCUGCCUCCCUCCACAGUGACUGGUUGUGCUCCUUUGCCUGUUGGUUGUGAUCCCUGGGCACCAGAGCAUUUGUCACCCCCGUCUGUGAGUCAUUUAGCUAGGACAGGUCCUCCAUAGGCCUCCCGACACCCCCAGCUGUGUGUGUAGUGUAGUGAUGUCCUGGAGAGAAGCUGGGCUCUGGCUGUCACUCACACUUGCUGGGCACCAGCUGUGCCCUCCUGGCCUCCAGCCAACCAGAGACAGCCCUUCUCCGUCCCUGGUGGGGAACCUGCCUGUGUGUUCACACACAGCCCUCUGGGCUCCCCACGCUCAUCAUGGAUGGAAGGGGAACCAGUGCCACCCACAUCUAGACUUUGAGUUGGUCCCCUGUACCUGUCACUGGUGGCAGUUGGGGGGUUGGGCACUACAGGUUCUCCCUCAGAAAGGGGACACUCUUCGACAUGUCCCACCUUUGGGUAGCAGGGGUAGGUCCAGGAGGACGGUAUUUUGUCCUUUGCCCACCCCCUUUGGGGCUUGUUAAUCAGGAAUUCAGCUGAAUCCAACUGGGCCAUCAUGAGUUGCUUCUCCCCAUCAGCCCCCAACCCUGCACUUCGACUCUCUCCCCCCUCUCCCCGUUUGCACCCAGCACGGUGUCACACAGCUGGGAGUGCCCUAGAACAGAGGUCUGGCUACCCGGCAGCACACAGGUCUUCCCUCCCUUGAGUUGGCUACUUCCCAGGCCUCGUGUGGGCGCUGCCUGCAGCCACAUCCUCGGAGCAGGGUGUCUGGAGGGAUGCUCCUGCCUGGCGGAGACCCUGAGACCUGCCCCCCACCCCCAAUCAUGAUGUCUUGAGCGUCGGGCUGUGGUCAGCACGGCUGGUUCUGCCCGCAGCCUGCCUUGCUCUGCCCACCCACACCCUCUCCCCACUUCCACACUGAUCUGGGUCUCAGGAGGGACGGCUUAGGCAGGGGAGGCCAGUGUCACAGGUGAUUUAGACGGCAGGGCUGCCAGUGCAUGUGGGAGUGAGGGCUGCACAGCCCUGCCAAGGGGCCACAUGCCCUGUCACCCCCGCACCAGGCUGUGGAUCUUAGAGCCUUCUAAUCAUGUAUUGGUGCAGCAGCCCUGGCUGCCCGAGCCAAAUUCGUGCCCACUGGCCUCCGUGGUAGCGGUAAUCCCCCGAGUCAGCCAGGCCUGUGCCCUCCUCCCACCCUGGCUUUUCUGAGUGAGCUGCUUAGGGCUGCCAAGUGACUCUCCCAGCUGGCCUGACCCUGGGCAUGGGCCACCCUGCCCCAGCUUCACUAUGUGCUGGCCCGUUGUGACCUGACACUACCCGACCCUGUGCAGAGCCCCCUCCCCUCUUGCCCUGGGUUUACAUGAUGAUUUUGCUCUGUUUACAGUAGGGCUCGAAGCAGAGUUCUCAGACAAGGAACACUGUCCAAGGCCCUUCUGUUCAGACAUUCCUGUGCUGAAUAAAGUGUUUGACUCUA